AUGGGGUUCUACAACUGUAGAUUCCUGUCCAGACGUCUAUCUGUUGAGCCUUGCAGAAUAGGUAGCGCCGCUAAAAGCUAUCAACAGCGAUCGAUUUAUCACUUUGGCGCUGCUCUCACAAAUGCCCCUAGUGGAAGAGAAACACCAGACAAGCUACGUUCUGACCUGCAUAGUGCUUUAGAGAUGGUCGAUGAAAUAUAUGACACAAAUUCGACUGUAGAGGACAUUGGAAACAAGGAAAAGGGAGGUCGACAAAAAUAUACGGAAGAAAUGGACAAGGCGAUUAAUCUACUGAAAACAAAUAUAAAGAAGGAGUAUAGACAUGAUAAGUAUUUGGAGCGGACAAAGGUAGGAACGUAUCCUGGUAGAAGAACAUAUCCUGGUAGGAGAACAUAUCCCGCUAGGAGAACAUAUCCCGCUAGCAGAACAUAUUCAGAUAGCAAUUCAUACACUUUUCGGAUAAAUGUCCAGAAGAUUAGGCACGCAUUAGUACGUUACAAUCAAGAUGGUGUUCAAAAACACAACCAAAAGCCUCCUAGGAUUGGUCAUGGAUUAACGAGAGUGUUAUACCAACCGUUGUCGCUACAAAAAUUGAGAGAUAAUAGGAGCAGAAUGUAUAAUUUUGACCCUGCAGUGGAAAAUAUUAAUCCAGAGUAUUUGGAAAAGAAAAGUGAAAAAGAUGUGAACACAGACUCCUCUGGAGAAGGACAAAGCAAGCCAAUAUUCAUCACACCCCACAAAGAUGAAUCUCUGUUAAAGGUUGCCAAAGAACAUAGAAAAAAGUACAUAUCUUCAUCAAGUUCCAUGACAUCAGUACUUUCUCAGUUGCACUAUUUAUUAUCCAAUUUCAGAAGAUUGAAUAUCAUUGAUUCCUCGAUAUCGAAAAAUUUUCCUCAAAAAAACUGCAAUUAUUCAGAAAGUGCAUAUUUUCCGUCAGCAGUCAUUCUGAGAAAGAAGAGAAAUGGCAUUUGUUCUAUUGAUUCAGAUAGAAGUCUGGAUAGGGAGAUUGUGCUUUCUGUACUAGGUCAUUAUCUUGAAGACUUUUUAACGGAAAAGUCCCUGAAGAAUAGUUCAAAAAGUGAAAAUUAUCACUAUUCUAGUAUAGAUGAAUUCAUUGUGAGAUCUCAAUUGGACGCGUACGACCCAAAUCUACCUGGAACGGGUGUAUUUGAUCUGAAGACAAGAGCAGUUUCUGCCAUAAGAUACGAUUUAUCACAUGUAGAGAGUAAUAACAACCAAACUGGAUAUGAGAUAGAUAAAGUUUAUGGGGAAUUUGAGUCUUUGGAAAGAGAAUAUUUUGAACUAAUCAGGUCUGCCCUUCUAAAGUAUUCUUUGCAAGCUAGAAUUGGCAAAAUGGACGGUAUUUUCGUUGCAUACCACAAUAUUUCUAAGAUGUUUGGAUUCCAAUAUCUACCUUUGGACGAAUUAGAUUAUAUAAUCCAUUCUUCGUAUAACAGCAAAUUCGACAGUUUGUUAAAGGAGAAGAAUGAUAUCACAAAAGGGAUAUAUGGUGAGGAGGACUACAUUCUACACUAUGACAGGGACGAUAGGAAAAUUGCUUGCUUGGUGGCUAAUAGGGAAUUUAAGAUGUCUAUGAAUCUGUUCAGUAAUAUUUUGAAACACGUUGAGCAGUUACUUAACUCAAGUAAUACGAAAUGGGAAAAAUGCAAAAUAAUGCUUAAAACCGAAGUUGAAGAAAAACGAUCCAAAAGUGGCCGCUUCUUUAACGAACCGGUGCUAAAUAUUGUAGCCCUGCCGUUGUCACCUGAGUACGAGGAUAAAUCUUUAUUGGUAAAGGAUACUUCGAACGAACAAUUAACAGAGGAGCUACUAAACCUCCGCUCAUAUAACGAAAAUCUUUUGGAGGAACACCUGAAUUCCUUAGUUGGAUUUAAAGUAAAUGUCAAGCAUUUCUAUCACCAUCAUCCUAAUACUACACAUCUACCUGAUUUUGCUUUAAAAAAGAACGAUAUUCUCGACACCGAAUCCCGUAAAUAUAUUUCUGACAUGAUGAAACGAGACUGGUACAAAGAUAUACCAUCUACACAGACUCCAAACUUUUUCCACGCUUCCGAUGUUUCCACUUGGGAGGUGAACUCUACUUUUACAGAUAUCAAUGACAAACAAAUUUUACGAAAACUAUACUUUAAAUAUUUGGAUGUUAAAUUAAACGCAUUGAAAAAUCAAGUAAUCACACGUCAGGAACCUGAUAUGUCUAAAAAGGAUGAAAUUAUGAAUCGAAUCAAAUCACUACAAGCCCGCAAUGAUCACCGCGAUAAUGGAAGUAACAAAAGAUAUUCUAAUUUUGGCCCUACCCGACUGCAAACUAAACUGCGCGCAUAUGCUAAAAAAGGUGCCCUUCGAAGAAAACUAUUAGAAAGGAGUAACAAGUUCCAUAUCUAG